AUGGAGAUUCGCAAAUAUCUGCUGUUACUGAAGAUCACAGUUCUUCUGAAAGACCCGUGUGAGUGUUUUAAUGUGGACGUGAAGAGGCCACGUAUCUUCAGCGGACCAGAGGACGCCCUGUUCGGUUUCUCGGUGCUGCAGCACGAUGACGACGGCGAGAAAUCAAUGCUGGUUGGGGCACCCUGGGAUGGACCAGCCAAUAGCAGGAAAGGAGACAUCUACAAAUGCGUCGUGGGAGAUGAGAUGAACUCUAACUGCACAAAAGUCAACCUGGGUGACACAGCGUUCCAGAACAUAUCACGGAAUCUGAAUAAUUCCCAUCUGGGCAUGACUCUCACACCACAAAGCCCUGAUGGUUUUUUGGCUUGCGCCCCAUUAUGGUCUCAGGAGUGUGGCACAUCUCUGUUCAGUACAGGGAUCUGUGCCUCUGUCAGUAACAGCCUGGAGCCCAGAGAGGCCAUCGCACCUACUGCCCAGAGGUGUACCACAUACAUGGACAUAGUCAUAGUUCUGGAUGGUUCUAACAGUAUCUACCCCUGGGCCGAGGUCCAGAACUUCCUAAGCAACAUACUCAGCAAAUUCCACAUCAGCCCUGAGCAGAUGCAGGUUGGAGUCCUGCAGUAUGGGGAGGUCUCUGUACAUGAGUGGUCUCUGAAGGACUAUCAGACGACACAGGAAGUGGUGGAAGCUGCCAAGAACAUCAGUCGCCAGGAGGGCCGGGAGACCCGCACGGCAUAUGCCGUCCACAUGGGCUGUACGGAGGCGUUUAGUCCGGAGAGGGGGGCGAGAGAGGGGGCCACUAAAGUGAUGAUUGUGGUGACGGACGGAGAGUCACACGAUGGUGAGGAGCUUCCCGAGGCUUUGGAGGAGUGUGAGAAACGCAACAUCACCAGAUACGCCAUCGCUGUCUUGGGUCACUACAUACGUAGGCAGCAGGAUCCUGAGACGUUCAUUAACGAGAUCAAGUACAUCGCCAGCGAUCCUGACGAGAAAUACUUUUUCAACGUGACGGACGAGGCCGCCCUCAACGACAUCGUGGACGCGCUCGGAGACCGAAUCUUCAGCCUGGAGGGGACACUGGGAUACAAUGAAAGUGCCUUUCUAAUGGAGAUGUCUCAGAUCGGUUUCUCAACGCACGUUCUGGACGACGGGGUGCUGUUCGGUAUGGUGGGGGCCUAUGACUGGGAGGGAGGGGUUCUGAAGGAGGGGACAGACGGCCGGAUCAUGCCCCCACGGGAAGCUUUCGAGAAGGAGUUUCCUCUGGAGCUGAAGAAUCACGCUGCUUACUUAGGUUACACAGUGUCAUCAGUGAUAGUGGGAGACUGGAGGAGGCUGUAUGUUGCUGGGGCGCCCAGGUUCAAACAUAAGGGAAAGGUCAUCCUGUUUGACCUCACACCUGACAAUGAUGUCAUCAUCACACAGGCUCUCAACGGAGAACAGAUUGGGUCGUAUUAUGGCAGUGAGGUGUGUCCUGUGGAUGUGGAUCAGGAUGGGAUUACAGACAUCCUCCUGGUGGCUGCACCCAUGUUCCUGGGCCCCGGCAACAAGGAGGCAGGAAAAGUCUACAUCUACUGCCUAGAUGGGGAGGGCUUUGCUCCUAACGGCACUCUGCAGGCGCUGAAGAAAUCCCAGGAUGCUCGGUUCGGUUAUGCCAUGGCUGUGGCUCCAGAUCUGAACCAUGACGGCUACGCUGACGUGCUGGUGGGGGCACCCCUGGAAGACGAUCACAAGGGGGCGCUGUACGUCUACCACGGAGAGGAAUACUACAUCAUCCCAGAGUGCAAGCAGCGUAUCUCGGGCUCGUCUCUGUCCUCAGGCCUGCAGUAUUUUGGUCGUAGUGUCAGUGCUCUAAUAGACCUGGAUGGAGAUGAGCUGCUGGAUCUGGCCGUGGGAGCCCAGGGCAGCGCCGUUCUGCUCAGUUCUCGGAGUAUCGUGCAGAUUAACGUGUCUCUGUCGUUUGAGCCUCACGCGGUAAACGUCAUACAGAAGAACUGUCAGAGAGGAGGUCGCGACUCCGCCUGUCUCAGUGCCGCUGCCUGCUUCCUGGCCUCCUCACGCUCCCCCGGAGCCUAUGGCACCGUCUUCGAUCUGCAGGUGGGGGCGAUGCUGGAUGACAGGAAACCGUCUGCACGCGCUCUGUUUGACUCCAGCUCUCAGAGACAGAUGCUCACCGGUGUCACCAUUAAAGUGGGAGAGCUCAAGUGUCAGACUAUACCAUUUCAUGUGUUUGACACAGCGGAUUACAUUCGGCCAAUCAGCUUCACCCUGCGUUUUAAAAUCAACGACACUGAGAGCGGUCCAGUAUUGGACGAGGGCUGGCCCACCACCAUUAAGAAAUCUAUUGCGUUCUUUAAAGACUGUGGGGAGGACGAUGUCUGCGUGUCAGAUCUGGUAUUGAAGGCACAUAUGGACAUUUCUGGAACAAGGCAGCAGCCAUUUGUGAUCCGUAGCCCCCGGCGACGGUUAGCAGUGGAAGUGCAGUUACAGAACAGACUGGAGAACGCGUACAACACCAGUCUGACCCUCCAGUACUCCAGAAACCUACAUUUCAGCUCUCUGAGUAUACGGGAGGAUGCUCAGUUUAAGAUUGAGUGCACAGCUCUCAGCUCAAACAGUCAUUCCUGUAACGUCAGUUACCCAGUCUUCCGCUCCCAUUCAAAGGUGAAUUUCAUGUUGGAGUUUGAGUUCAGCUGUACAUCUCUCCAGAAUAAGGUCCAAAUGAGGCUCAUAACAGCAAGCGACAGCGUGGAGAAGGAGGACACAAUGGCUGAUAACAGUGUUCAGUUACAGGCUAUAGUACAGUAUGAACCUGAUCUCUUCAUCACCAGUGACUCUAACCUGAAUCGUUAUGAGGUUCAUCCAACUCGGACUGCGUCAGAGGGGACAGGACCUGAGUUCUACACUUACUUCAGAUUACAGAACCUGGGCUGUUAUGCUGUCAGUAAUGUGGAGCUGAGGGUUUAUUUCCCCUCAGUGGCUGCAGGAGACAGAGUCUUUACGUCUGUCAUCGACACCUUCUCACACAACGCGUCGGGUGUGAACUGCAGUAUUAAGAGUGAUCUGUCCCAGAUGAAGGCCAUUCAGAGAGAUGUGCGACCGCUGCAUCCAGAGGACAUGCAAAAAACAGACAUACUGAACUGUAGCAGGGCGUGGUGUGUGGAAGUGGUGUGUCAUGUCCAGCAGCUCCUGAAGGGUGAAACUGCCCUGAUCCGCAUGACAAGGAGAGUCCAUGACAACUUCUUCAGACAGGCUAAGUACAAAGCUGUGAGGAUCAUAAGCUCAUACCAUUUGUCUGCUCAGGAGACAAAUCUCAUAACUUUGGGCGGUGCUGCCGCCUGGAGGGAGACGGUUUUGGAGGUGCUGAAGGGGAGAUCCAUCCCUAUCUCUCUGUGGAUCCUGAUCGGCAGCAUUAUCGGAGGUCUGCUGCUCCUCGCUCUCAUCAUCUUCAUCCUCUGGAAGUUGGGUUUUUUCACGAGGAAACAGAGGAAGGAUGAGGAUGACGACAGAGAAGACUGA